UUCUAUCUUUAAAGACAAUGAAUUCUGUGGUUUGUGAUUUACAAAAUAAAGGAUGUGGACAAAAAGAGGCUGUAUUAGCUUUGCAAGUUUAUUUAGAGUUAUGCGAGAUUAAAAAAUAUUGGAAUAUUGAUUAUCAUUUUGAAGAUAUAUCAGGGGCUUUUUUAACAGGAUCAAAAACCAAAUCAAGUUUAAAAGACUGCUUCAUACCUUUACCAACAAGUAAAGUUUUAAAUUUUAUGAAAAUACAAGAAUUGUUACAAAUUCACAAAGAGUAUAAUAGGACUUUUCUGGUAUUUGUAAGUGAAGAUUCUACCACAGUAUAUUACCAGAUAGCAGAUGGCUUAACUGAAAUAACAGACACGCAAGCAAAACAUCUUAAAGAGGAUAAACAUGAAAUUAUAAACCAUGAACUUAGGAGAAACCAAAAAGCUUUAGAAGAAGCUGCUUUAUAUGGAACUCCAAUAUCUCUCAGUAGGAAAUUAAAACAAAAAUAAAUUCAGAAAACAAUUUAUUUGUAAUAUUUAGUGAUGUAAAAUAUAAAUAAAAUAAAAUAUUAAUUGUAAUCAGUUGGAUAUAUGUUACGACAUACAAAUAUAAUUCUGAUACACACAAUUUAAAGUGUGUACUGGAUAUAUAAUCUGAGCAAGACUUUAAAAAGAUAAACAUGAUUCUGCAUAAUUUUAUUACAUACCCUGUAAUCUUAUAUAAUAAACAGAAUUGAAAACAUUAAGGUUAAUGCAAUUAAAAAAAAUUAACUCAAUGAUAUGCAAGUUUGUAAAAGAACUUGCUUUAAACAAAUUUCCAAAAUAUAAUUAAAAACAUCUUGCUUCAGUAAUCGAAAAAUGAUACAUUUUAGGGUUAGUAACUAUUUACAAGCUAAUCACUUAAAAACAGGCACUUCCUCAAACCACAUUUUUUAGAAUAUUUGAAUUGCAGUCUCUAUUGUGAUACUUUUUGAUUAAUUAUUGGAAGAACAAUUUGCCAGCACAACAAAGUUAACAUGUUAUAAGUUUCACAAAUUAUUAAAUAAAAUAUUUGUACAACAAAACUCAACUGCUUUAGAGGAAAAUUUAAAACUAUAAAUUCUAUAAAUUAAAUAAAUAGUCAAUUAACAGUUUUAAUAACAAUUCAAGAAUGGAAAUCGCGAAUUAAACGUUUUGAUACAAAAAAUGAACUUAUAAAAAGAUUUCCAAUGAGAUCUUAAAAUGUACAAUCAUUUUAUACAGUGUAUUUGUUCUGGUGAGCUCUUUUCUGUACAUAGAGGAAUCCAAAGUAAAUAAAUUAUUUACAAUCAAACUAAGUAAUGUUUGAUUAAAAAAAAUAGAAUAAACAGC